AUGAGUAAUACGUACCAGCCGCUUGACAACUUAAAUCCUAAGAAUCCCCACUCUUUGGAUGAUGACCAAAGUCCUCAAUAUGCAGACUCACCACCCCCAUUUACCCAAACUGAGUCUUCCACUUCAGGGCAAGGAACAUCGUCAUUACAAGAAGAUUUGGAAGAAGGGACCAGUCAAUUACCAACUCAAAAGAACCCAUCCCCUGGUAAUCCUGAUGGCCGGAUUAUGUUUUGUUUGUUUAUUGGGUUUAUUUCAUUUGGUGCGUCAAUGAUAAUGUUAUUAGGAGAAGGAGGUCCAACUGCCCAAAUAUUUGGUAUAUUGACACUAAAUAUUUCGAUAUUUUUGACCUGCGUUGCUGGAGCUAUCGUGUUUGAUAUUGAGAGAAUAAUGGGAGAAAGAACAUUCAUAAAAGGGGUCGUUUAUGGGCUCGGUUUCACCGUUUUGUUUCUGGCGGUUUGUAUGUUUAUCAAGUGGAAAAUGAGCUAA